AUGGACGGCUCCGCACCUGAGAUCGAGAAAUUACGACUAGCUUACUGUCCUCCUCUAGAUGAUGCCCUUUUCUACGGUAUCGCUUCCGAUUAUGACCUCCCCCGGGACCGCGAGAUCUUGACUAGAGUGCUUGACAGUUUGAAGACCAGUGCAAUAGAGCAAGAGGAUGCAGAAUUCGAUCCAUCAGGGACAGGAGGAUCUCGACUUAUAAAUGAUGCUACCGGCACCACCAGGUCAAGCCCUGAAGAAACAGUGUCCAACGGAGUCACAAGCAUAACAACUGGCCUCUCGGAUCUGAGAUGGCAGGUUUCAGACAACCUGGGUCAUGAUCUGGAGGAUUCUACGUCCGAACAAAAAACAGCAUGGCUUCAACGGUUGUUUCCUGACAUUCCUGAGCGCGAGCUCACCGAUGUCCUCGGGAGUCACGAAGGCUCUCUCGAUAAGGCGACUGACGAAUUGUUAAACCUUUCUUUCCUCAGACAGGAAGAUGAGGUAUUCCCUGCCGAAGAGACACCAGUAUCGAAAGGUAUUGAGGCAUUUGCAGAAGAGUCACAAGUGAAUCGCAAAGGUAGAAAGAAACGGAAGACCCGCCGCCAUGACGCGUCCGGGGCGAGCUCUACCCGUUCUGUCAUGCAGGGUCCAGCACCCAAUCCCUCCAAUGUGUGGGCUACGAUGUCUGAUGAUGUCGACUACAUAUGCUCGAGGACAGGCGUUCAACCACAAAUAGUAAGAUCAGUAUAUCAUGCAAACGGGGCUCGUCUUGGGCCAACAAUCUGGGCCCUGGCGAAGAAAGAGGGCACAGCAUACGACAGCCUUACAGAAGUCGACCUCAUAACUGAGCUUCAAAUCGCUGAGUUUCAGGACGAAUUCGAGCAAGUGCCAAAAUCUCAAAUAUACGGUCUCCUAAUUCUAGCUCGACAUGUUCCCUCUGCAGCCUAUGAGCUUCUGAAGACUAUGACAACAUCUACAGAGAGCCAUUCUCCCGGAAAACUGCAGGUAGCUGCUCAAUAUGCGCCUCCGAAUUUGAAGGAAAACGAACCUUUGUCGAGCUCCACACCAUCGCCUUGGACGACUGCGAAACUUGGUAGUAGCCGAGUGACCGCGGCAUCCUACAGACUUGCUGCGGGUCAAAGCUUCGAGCAAGCCUCUGCUGCAUACAGAAGAAGCAAAUCUGAUCGUCUUUAUGGAGGGGUCGCCGCGUAUCAUUCAGAGAUUGGUCGCGAACGAGUCAGGACGGCCAAGGCACUCCAAGCAGCUGAAGCCGACUCGCUUGUGGCAAGGCAGUCUUCAUCAACAAUGCUCGACCUUCACGGGGUAAGCGUGCAGGAUGCUGUCCGUAUCACCGCCACCAGAGUACAUGAGUGGUGGGAUAGCCUAGGCGAUGCGAAAUAUACCACUGGCGGAGGUGGUCCCCUCAGAGCAGGUUUCAGGAUUGUAACUGGAGUUGGCAGUCACAGUAAAAAUCAUGCUCCUAAGAUAGGACCCGCGGUCAGCAAGAUGCUGAUCCGAGAGGGAUGGAAAGUUGAGAUUGGACAUGGAGAGUUGAUUGUGAAGGGCAAGAACCGACGCUCGGGCGAUCUAUCUGGAAAGGAUGUAAGAUGA